UUUUUUAUUCCUUGUUUCAUAUCAUAUGUUUGAUCAUCAUUCAUAUCAUCUUUCUUAUUGUAGUAAUUGUGUUACAAACGUCUUAUUUUGGAAUAUAUCCGGUUUAAUAAUGUAAAAAUCGCAUCUGUUGUCUUUAGCCUGUUACUGAGAAUGCUGAGAUAUGGAAAGAAGGUUCGUAAAAACCAGAGGUCACUUCAGGCUCUUUUGGCUCUUCAAAUUAUAAACGAACCAAUUUGCAACAUUGUAGAAAAGAAAUUCGAGACGUUACGAUCAUUGUGGCUAAAGGAAGCAAAACACAAAGGCUCUCCAUGUGUAUCAUGCGAGACACAGAACUUAGUGCAAUGUCCAACUAAGAGCAUAUGUUAUGGAAAUCCAUGCAAAUACCACGAUACAUCGGAACACCAACCACGAGCAUGCCAAAGUUUAAGCAAGUCGUGUGAGUAUUUUAAAACUCAGAUUGUAAACAGCCACCGAUCAGGAACGCCCAACUGGCGAAUGACCGAUGCAAAAUUAUGGUCCAAAAAUGCAACUGAAAUUGCAAAAUGUUUCCUUCCGCAAUUGAAAGGGAAGAAGACUUAUAGCGCAGAUGAAGGCACUGAUUGCUUAAGUCUUCUCCAUAUCCUCAGAAACUGCAAACAUUUUCAAGACUACUUCUCUUUUGACGUCACUGGAAGCAAAAACAUCCUGAGUCAGACGAUUAAGAUUGUGCGGGAAGUUCAAUAUUCCAUAGCGGUAGGAAUAAGCAAAACUCAGUUAGAAUGUUUGUUCAGAUGUCUGCGCAUGCUUUUGAAGGAUGGAAAGUAUCUAUUCGACGAACCUUUGUCAAUUUACGCCUUUGGACAUCUCGAAAUCAUUGAAAAAGAAAAGAUGAAUUAUAACUUGGGAUAUGAAAAUACACCUUUUGUACAGCCUCAAAGCAAACGAAGGAGUGUGGAUGAACUCGGACCAGCUGUUAAAAGGCUCAAAAGUUAUCCUUCCUACAAAUCGGGAAUCAGCUCUGCUACGUUUGCAUUAGAAAAGCAAUUGGAAAGCAAACACAUGUUUUAUCAUUGUACAAGUUACACAGAAGACCAGCAACCAUAUGAAUACUGUAUGAAGAGAGUUCAAAUGGCACUCUCAAAAUGGUCCUGCACGGAAAAGGUUUACAAUGGCAAAUUUGAGCUCUUUGCAUCCAAAGCUGAAUAUCUCGAGACAUUGCUUGACAAUUCCUGCCGUUUUAAACAAAAGGCUGUUUCAGAUGUAUUACGCACUCCCGGUUCGCCCGUUCUCCUUAUCGUUUCUGCGUCCGAUCAAGACAAAAUUGAAAGAUUCUGUAGUCAGAUUACUAGCAAGGAGGAGGAAGGAAAACAUGUAUGCGUUGCAAUAGUUAGUGAUAGGACUUCAAUAGAUGAACUAUGCAUGAAUCAAACGAGCUUGGUCCUUUUCAAAAAAUGUUCAAAUAUCAGUACUCUUAGAGCUGAUGUUGACCAGCUUUUUGAAAGGUUCAUUUUCAACUUUUACGAGACAAACCUGCAUCUGUAUUUUGAGCAAAAAGAUAUCACAGAAAAGAGAGAAGAAGAAAUGAUAAAAGAAGCGUUGACAUUGUUCAGAAGGUUUAAAAUAGAAAUACCCGUAUGGCUCGAGGAGUAUGGGCGAGACUUUGAACAUAAAGACAGCACACAAAGACUCAUAUCUGACUUCAAACCAGCAAUGAGGAGAUUUAAGCAACUGCCGUUUGUGUUUGAUUGUGUACCAAGAACGGGCCACAUGAUUAUAAAACUGAAAGAGACGGAUAAAGUUCAAGAAAACGAACAGUUUGAACGUUAUAUAAAGCACAUCUUGAAUGAUUGCAAACUUCCUGAGGAAAGAUAUCAGAUUACAUUUGUAACUGUCACAAAAUACGCCGACUACAAGUACAAAAGUGGCGACGAAGUUCAAGUAAAAGAUAGAACAGGUACACUUAGCGGAUUUGCAAAGAUGAGUGUUUCCAAUUCGAACGAUCUUGUUGCAAUCCUUUCAAACCAUGUAGCCGAGGAUCCUGACUCUAAAUCAAAAACGUUCUCAACAGCGUUAAAGAUGCAAAAGGAAACUGUUGGAGAUAUCUGUUCUAAGCCAAAGGGAGAUCUUAAGGCGGACGUUGCCAUUGCCAAAAUAGAUCCAUGCAAGCACUCUGAUUGUGAUAAGAAGUUCAGGGAUGAAAAAGAGAAACGGUUAUACGCAGUCCCUUUGACAGAAGCGGAGUUGGAUGACAGUAAAUACGAACGCGUACACUUUUGGGGCGCCAAGACUAAACCAGGCAUCGGGCAAAUUCAAGAAGUUGGAGCGUUACAUGAAGGAGGAAGUAAUCAUAUAUAUAUAAACAAUACUUCGGAGAAUGGCAACGAUUGGCAGAAAGGUGACAGCGGUGCCAUGUUCCUCAAAGAAAAACACGGAGGUGAAUCAACUCUUCAAGCAGUCGGGAUGUUUAUGGGAGAGACUUUUAAUAAUACCGAAGGUCGGAAGUACAUUGCAACACCUCUACAUCUUGGCUUGGCUGUUCUAUCGGAAACUCAUAACGCAACAUUUUCCCUAUUUGGCGAAGACUCAGAAGAUCACGAAAACAGUCAAUGAGAUCAGUUUUUACAGGGUUUUAACAAUUGUUUAUUGACGGUCGAUGCAAACUUAAUACUCUUAAGUACUGAUUUGUACUUACUAUUUAUUAUUAUUAUUAUUAUUAUUAUUAUUAUUAUUAUUAUUAUUAUUAUUAUUAUUAUUAUUAUUAUUAUUAUAACUGCAAAUCGCUGUGAGACUGCUUAUUGUGAAGAUAAUGGAGUUUGUACAUUGGACUCAGGUCAUGAUGUUCAGCAUGACUGUGUUUUCUCCAUUUUAAGGAAGUUUAUGUCAUUGUUAAACUAUUUUAGAAUGAUAUUAUUUCUUUAUACUUCAUCAUUGUACUUGUUACAUGAAAGAAUGAGUAAUCGAGAAUAGCUUUUUUAAAUUAUGAACUUAGUAUGUACAUUCUGAUUUGUUUUUAUAGCGAUUACUAGCCUCACAGUAAUUAUCAUCUUUAAGAGAUUCUUUUCGUUUACGUAUUUAAAAAUAUAUGUAGCUUAUGCAUUGCUAUUGAUGAAAAAUGUAUACGGAGUCUGGCGUGAAAGGCAUUUCUUGUUUGUUUGUGUUUUUCACUUUUUAUAUUUUGCCAUACCAGUUAGCAUAAAGCAUUUGGCCUUGUAUGUAUGUUAAGACAAUGGAUUACCAGAAACCUUAAAGCUAAUGGCCUUGUCUGUAAUGUAAAGACAAUGGAUUACCAGAAACUGUAAAGGUAAUGGCCUUGUCUGUAAUGUUAAGACAAUGGAUAACCAGUAAGUUUAAAGCUUAUGGCCUUGUCUGCAAUGUUAAGACAAUGGAUUGCCAGUAAAUUUAAAGCUAAAAGCCGUGUCUGCAAUGUUAACACAAUGGAUUACCAGUAACUUUAAGCUACUGCCAUUGUUUGCAAUUUUAAGACAAUAGAUUAAAAUAUAACAUUAAAUGACCAACACUUCGAUAUUAAAUGGUUGUCUUAUUUACCAAGUAGUAUUAAAUCAUAAAUCGUAAACAAAAUAAGUAAUAAAAUAUUUUAUUCAAAAUGUCAUUUUUCGAAUAUUCGUCACGACAUUACACGAACUAAAUGAUCGACCUCAAUUUUGAUCUAUACUGUAAAGUUAUAUUGAUCUUCAGUGCAAUCAAAUGUAUGCUAAUAAUAUUUGUUGUAUUUAUAUGCAGCACUGAAACUUACAAUUUUAUGACGUCUGAAAGUCAUAAUUGCAAGUCCUGAUUUUCUUCAAAAUCAAAAAUAACUAACGUAUUGAUGUUGACAAUUGCUGUAUAGGUAACAUAUUACCAACCUUAUUGAUAUCUUUAUUUGUUCUGUAUGUCUGUUCUUCAUGUCGGAAAAUAGCUCAUUGAGCUAAUGUUUCUUGUUAACACAUACCCAGCCAAAAUAAAUAGUCUUGUAUCUUGUA